GGCUCUUUCCACUGAGCCGCACUGCUUCCUCGGAGGAGACCCGGAGGUUAUUUUAAGGCCCAACAAAUGCAUUCCCGACUCGAAACCUGCUGUAUUCCUUGGACGCCACCUCCUUUAAAGAACUGACUUCUUCAAUCAGAGGUAAGAAAGGAGAAGGUAGAAGAAGAUGCUGGGAUCUGAACGUGGUGUGGUGGAAGAAUGGUUAUCCGAAUUCAAGGCAUUACCUGAAACUCAGAUCACUAACUAUGCAGCAACUCUGCACCGGAAAAAAACAUUGGUACCAGCUCUCUACACAGUCAUUCAGGACUCAAACAAUGAGCUCCUGGAGCCCGUCUGCCAUCAGCUUUUUGAGCUCUACCGGAGCUCCGAAGUUCGUCUUAAGAGAUUCACUCUGCAGUUCUUGCCGGAAUUGAUAUGGGUUUAUUUACGGCUCACGGUCAGCCGGGACCGGCAGAGUAAUGGCUGCAUUGAAGCCCUCCUGCUGGGGAUCUACAAUUUGGAGAUUGCUGAUAAAGAUGGAAACAACAAAGUUUUAUCUUUCACUAUCCCCUCCUUAUCCAAGCCUUCGAUAUAUCAUGAGCCGUCCACGAUUGGAUCGAUGGCCUUGACAGAAGGAGCACUAUGUCAGCAUGAUCUCAUCAGGGUAGUUUAUAGUGACCUUCAUCCUCAGCGGGAAACCUUCACAGCCCAGAACAGAUUUGAAGUCCUGAGUUUUCUAAUGCUGUGCUACAACUCUGCCAUCGUCUAUAUGCCUGCCUCCUCAUAUCAGUCGCUCUGCCGGAUGGGCUCCAGGCUUUGCGUCAGUGGGUUUCCCCGCCAACACGAGAAACACUGGAAAGAAAUUUGCGGACGAGUAGUAUUGGAUCCCGACUUCAUGGUGCAGCUUCUCACGGGAGUUUACUAUGCUAUAUAUAAUGGCCAAUGGGAUCUUGGCCAGGAAGUCCUGGAUGAUAUAAUAUACAGAGCGCAGUUGGAACUCUUUUCUCAGCCACUACUGGUUGCAAACGCCAUGAAGAAUUCCUUGCCGUUCGACGCUCCCGAUUUGUCCCAAGAGGGCCAGAAAGUACUUAAAGUAGAGGUGACUCCCACAGUGCCGCGGAUCUCUCGGACGGCGAUCACCACAGCUUCGAUCCGCCGUCACCGCUGGAGGAGGGAAGAUGGCUUCGACUUCUCAAACGAGGCCGACCGGAGCGCCCCCGGCUCCCCGCUCCAGCGGCGCUCCGCAGACGUGGGGACCAAACGUGCGUCAGCCGGGGAGGCGCGCAGGACCCCCGAGUCCGGCUCGCCGGAGCCCACCUCGGCAGCAGCCGCCGCAGAGGGGGCCGAGGGGGCGAACGGCGGAGAGGACUCGGCCAACCCGAACGACGCAGACGAAGGGUUCUCGUCGGGGGCCUCCCUCAGCGGUCAGCCCGUCGGGACCAAAGCGUCCUCCUCCUCCUCCCAGAGAAGCAGCUUACGGAAAGCGGCCAGCGGGCGGCCCGCCAAGGAGAAGGAAACGACCCCUGCCGUCAAACCCGGCGAGAGCCCCCGGGAGGCCGGAGGCCGAAAGCAACCCGUCCAUCCACCCGCCGACCCGAGCGGCGAUUCGAUGGAGCUGACGCCGGUGAAGAAGCACCUGAGCCUCCCGGCCGGCCAGGCGGUACCAAAAGCCAGCAGCUUGACUCUGAUCCGGACCGCCAGCGCUUCCUCCAGUCAGUCGUUCGACUACGCGAACGGCGGCCGAGCGGGCCCCGGCGUCGGCGGGGGCCCCGAGGGAGGGACGAAUCUAGCCGCCGGCCACGCCAAUCGGUUUUCGACUAUCAGCCUGCAGGAAGACCGGCUCGGUCAGCCCGGGGACGGGAAGGAGCUGCUCGGUCCCGGAGCCCCGUUGACCAAGCAGUCUCGAUCCCCAAGUUUCAAUAUGCAGCUGAUCUCGCAGGUGUAGCACUCGGCCGCCCCGCCCCAGCAGCCUCCUGCCGCUUACAUUUUGAAGCACACAUUUCAUUUUGUGCCAGAAGAAACUCGAUCCCACCGUGUGAAAAACCUGGCCCGUCGCGAUCGGCUGGGGGUCGGUUUAGGCGUCCUCAUCCUGUACUUUGUACGGAAACAGCAAUAAGACUCGGUUUUCCCUCCUCCCGCCCUCCCUCCCCUCCCCGCCCCCGACCCACUCCUCGUCAUCGUGGUCGUGAAGCAGUAUCAAAUGUAUGCCUUUCCCAUGCCUUCCCUUCUCCCUGGGUGACGUGCAAUCCAUCGUAGGCUGAUCGGUCCCAUUUCAACACUGUGAGACUGUGGAGACGUUCGAGGAAAUGGUGUAUGUGAUCCCUAUGCGAUGAUUCUCUGGCUUUGUUUUGAAACGGAAACGGGUUUGUUCUCUCUGUCUACGGUCCUAAGGAGACUACUGGAUCAGAAUCUUUCCUUUGUUCUUUGUCCUCUCAGAACCAGGAGUGCCUCAGAGAUUCCACAACGGUGGACUUCCCUGAGCUUGUGCAAUUAUUUAUUGAAAAAUCUGGGCAAGAGGGGAGGGAAGAAAGUGGGGGCGGGGGGGCGGGGGGGUCAGACCCGCUCCUGGCCGUCAGCAGCCCCUUUUCCCGAAAACGGGGGUAGCCCUAAAUCCCCCCAACUCCUUUCCCCAGAAACUCUUAGCGUCCAACCGCCGAGAUGUUCGUACCGAGUUCUCGCCCCUCCGUUUGGGAGAGGGACCUAAGUUGAUGGCGUAGAGAAAAAUGCACUUUCGAUGGCUUUCGCGGCCAUAUGUAACAUUGCGUGUCUUCCCUCUUCCCCUCCAGGAGACAGUCGUUUUGUCAGUUAGGUUAGAAUUUGGAAUUAAAGGAAAAAAAAGAAAAAAAAAACCCAACCAAAUCUGAGCAGAGCAGCCACGUGGGACUCUGUUUCCCUGGAACGAUUAACAACCUGUUCUUGUUCGGAAGUUGACCGUGACUGAAUUGGACCAAGUGCAUCUUCAGGUUAAGGGAGGUAAUUUGGGGCCCUCUUCCGUAACCGAGGUGAUCGGAAAAGCCCUCUCAGCUGCUUUCUAGGUGUACCUAAAUUCAGUCAGAUAUUCCGGAAUAACUUGCCAUUUAUUCUGAGGAAAUACAUCAGGGACAGAUGAUCUGCUCACUGGAAUCACUGAAGCUUCAACACGAGAUUUUUAUUUUUGUUUUUUUUCAUUUCCUGGAACCGUGUCCUAUUGGAACAAUUAACCAACUGAUUUUCUUCCAAAGGACACCACACCUUUUACGUGUUGUUUAUAUGUGGCAAUCUGUGCAUAUUCUCUUCUUUGGCCUAAAAAGAGGUGCCUCACGUUUAUGGAAAAUCCGGAAAUCAUGCCAAGAGCCGAAUGGUGAAUGUAAGGGGUGGUUGUAUAGAGAUAGCAUUUGGAAACUAUAACUACUGUACUGCUAGGAGGAAUUACUAUUUAAAAUCAUAGAACUUACUGGUGGGAGAAGAUAUUCAUCGUAUCCUCGGUCUGAGUCUUGGGCUCAGAUCGUUGAGGUGGAAGAAAAGGCUUUCCAUUCUUUGCUUGUUACGUCCUGAUUUGGGAAUUUACAGAUUACCGUCACCUUCUAACGGUCGAUCCCGUCAUGUGGGCCUUUGGGUUUAUCGUUACUGUGAAAAAAAAUAUAAAGUCAAUGUUAAAGCUUGGCAUUUUUUAUCAGAUGGAAGAGACUCUAAAAUUUCAAAUCUGCAAAGAGAAGUCACAUUCGAUUUUGAUUGAGUAACCGGAAAAAUCCGUUUACCGGCUUUCCAGUUCCUCCCUUCCUCAAAAUCCCCUCUUUUGACGACCGAGCUUUUUUCAGAGGGACCAGCUGACUGUUGUGGAACGAUACGUAAUGUGGAUGUCUUGGUUCACACGUAGAGCAGAGAACCAAGACAAAAAACCACCGGUAACAUUGCCGCAGUUCAGCAGUAAAGGAUAUAUGUCGUAUUUUAAACACGCUUAACUCGGUUUCAUCGUCCUCAAAGGUAUAUAGACAAAUCUAAACAAGAAAAGAACGGGAAAAAUAGUUGAACUACCCAGGGGACAAAUGUCUCAUUUGUCUGUGGAAAUCGUGUCAGUGCUGGCAGUCACAUCUAUUUUUCAGGAGAAUAGAAGAAAUUAUUUUUCUGAAAGCACAAAAGAAAUGCUAAGAGUAAACAGGAUUAUAAAUUCAUAAAUGAGACAAAAAUUCUCCCUCGUUUUAUUUUUGCCCAGAAGUCCAAAUUGUACGUGCAGUUUCUUCAGAGCUAGUUUAGCAUACUUUAGGGGUGAUGUUUGUCUGUAAUACCCUCUACGUGUUUUGUUUUGUUGGGCUUUUUUCCCUACAGGUAUGUGCUGCACCACUGAUACUUGCCAAGAAUAUCCACUUUAUCAGUUGAUUUGACAUGGUUUGACCCUGUUUUUGCAGCAUGAAAGUGGGCAUUAAUGUUCUCAUAAGUUUUGGGGGGUUUUUUCCCCAAAAUAGAGUUAAAUGUGAGUAAUUAAGGAAAGUCAUCUUAUUGUUGGUGGUCAGUCAGAAUAUUCGUUGGCACUUUCAUCUUAAAAAUGUACUCAUAAAGGCAUUUGAAAAUCGAAAUACGCAUGUACUUUGUUUUUCCUAUGGACUGAGAAGUUAUCGUGUUCUGUAUCGUGGACUGACCUAGGCCUUCCUAGGUCAGUCGAGAGACCUGCACUGAUCGAGGUCUCAGUAAAUUCUGAUUCAGCCACCCCCGGAGGAGCGCUUCUGCUGCAGGGAUCGGUUUCUUUUCCGUAAUCGGUGGCGUGUUCUGUUGACGCGGAGCCGUGCUAGUGCAUCGGGGAGAUGCCAGAAUCCACCGAGACACGGCGGUUUCCGGUGUCCCGGGACUUUUCAUCGAAAGGGAAUAUCCGUUAGGGCGACGUAAACUCGACCGGGAUCCGGUCGCCUUUUGAAGCGACAUCUUGACGGAAUUGAAAUGUUUUCAGAGAAGCCGGCCGUUAGUACCAAACAAAGGUAUUUAUCUUAGCUCCCUCUGGUGUGCCUAGAUAUUACAGUUCGUGGUACGAAACGGGAAGCAAAACACUAUUUUUGGACCCUGCAGUUCUUUUCUAGGGUGGUCGAUCUGGGGCAUGGCUUCAUAAUGCAAACGAAGGCCUACCUUUAGCGGAGAAGACUACAUAUCUCCCCAUUUGGAUCGGUGUGGGCGUGUAAACUUGGACAUGGGGGAAGCGAUCACUUCAUCUAGGCCGUAAGAGGACAAUUAAUUAUCCCAUGUUUUCAAGAUGUACAAACUUACUAUUUUUUAACCCCAUUACAGUCAUAGGCUGCCAUUUUCCAACGUUUCCGGGGGCAUCGUUUAAAGCUAAAUGGCCCCGGCCAGAUGAUUUGUUUAACUGAAAUUCCGAUCGAUAUCUUUAGCUAUUGAAAAGUAGAUAUUUCGGGAUCGUCCAGCUUUUACGCAGGUUCCAAAGUGGCUAAUUAGCGUCUGCCGAAUGGAACCUGGGAAAGAGAUGGCUAACCACUGUACUUUCCAUUCAUUUCAUUUUUGAUGUCGGUAGAUCGUACUUCAAUCGAACCGUUCAUAUAAGUAGUUCAAAUUUCCUGACGUGAGUGAAAAAGCUUUUAUAUACCGUGUGAGGCUUGUAUUACCAUGCUGUAACGGUGAACUUCAUAUCGUAACGAAUUCUGUGCGUUUUACAGACACAGUAGUCUCAGAUACAUAAGCUUGGGGUUUCCGACCUGUAUUCUCAAAUUCCAGAAUUUAGCUUUAAAAUUCGUAGCCGUCUACCUGAUGACAGUGGAAUAAUGAGAAUUUUUUUCUGAUGAAUUUGUUUGCACUAUUUCUGUGAAUAUUAGGAUUGAGGUAGUAUUCUUCACUCCCCCGUGUGAAGUUGGUGUUUGUGUGUGUGUUUGUGUGUGUGUGCGCGCGUCCAUUUUGGGUACAUUUGUCAGGUGUUGACAAUCAGUUGCCUCAAUCAACUUUCCGUGUGUGCAGAUGUAAAUAGAAAUAUACACAUACAUAUAGAUCUAUACACACGUAUAUAUCGACAUAUCCGUAUGAAAAGAGUUAGGGGGUAGAGCUCCUUUGUCAAACGCUGGCAAAGCCGCUGGCAGAGUUGGAUGAACCUGUUUUCCCCUUGUACUACAGAAUGUGUUUUGCUUUUGUAUUUGAUAAAAUCAGUAUUUUACGUAUUUAUUUUAGGGGUGAAACAUUGGUUCGGUAACAACUAAAGUGCCAUGGGCAUCCGUUGACUUUCAGGACAGUUUUUUUUCCCCUUGCGGAGGAUGUACACAGUACUCGGAUCGUUGUGGUAUUUCAAGUUGAAUGCUGCCGGCUUUCAGUAUCAAACCCGUUCAAAAUCAUUUCAGACCCAUUCAGCGACUCAUUCGAUUCCGUGAAUUUCCAUUUGCACAUGUAAAAUCCACCCCCUUUAGGAAUCAAUGCUUUCAAAAUCAGAAAUGAAUUUUUCAGAGUUCCUACGUUCGUACGGAAAUGAGCUUUACAGAAUGCAACGUGAGACUGGGUUAACUCUGGGAAAGGCGGUCUUGUCCCCCGUUACCCGGGAUUGGGUGCCAUCCCUUAUCGCCAAAGCGGUCACAGUGAUACUGUAGGUCUUAAUGUAAUUAUGGCAUCACCUGUACAGGUACCUAGUGUGUCCAUCUUCUGUGACGCUGGGAUAUCAUAGGAAAUGUCAUCCACGUGGCCAGCCCGUCCGCAUUCCUCAGGUGCUGGAAAUGACCGUACGCGCUGCUAGAGGUGGCCCGGGUCUCCUUGGCCCAUUUCAGACUACAAAAAUUAGAGUGUCAUAUUCACGAAUCCAUCUUUGGGACUCUCCCAUUUCAACCCGACCCCGUGAGACUGGGUUUCUGCUUCUGUUUCAAGUUCUGCUGGCUACCGGAGAACAGGUUAAAUGGGGGACUUAGAAAGAACAUCAGGAUGGACAGGUUAGGAGAGAUCGCCUCAGUACGGGUGUGCGCUAAUUCAUUCAAUAGUAUUUAUUGAGCGCUUACUAUGUGCAGAGCACUGUACUAAGUGCUUGGAUUGUGCAAUUCGGCCACAGAUAGAAACAAUCCCUGCCCAAUAACGGGCUAACAGUCUAAAUGCACGGUGGGAAUGGGGAUAAUGGGGCCCGAGUAUUCCCAAACUAAUGUUUGAACUAGUGUGAGGAAUAACUGAAUAUUUUGAGGAGAUGCCCUCUGAGAUGUGCCCAUCGGGAAAAUGUUUCUUAUAGCUUUAAAAAAAAAAAUGGGUACCUAAAAAAUAACUCGACUUUAUGUAGCUGUAGCUCAUAUCUAAUGGUGGCGAUCCUUGAAAUAAUUGGUGGAAAUCUAACAACUAGGGAUCACCGUUAUGGAAGGGUGUUAUUGCAUCUGUCCCAAUGGGUCAGUGUGGCUGACUGAUUAGCCCCCCAAAGAGUAUAUUUCCUUAGACCUUCAUUAUUCUACCAUCGCGUCUACCGACUCUAUGGUAUUGCACCGUCCCAAGCACUUAGUUCAGUGCUCUGCACCAAGGAAGCGCUCAGUAGGUACCUCUGUUUGGUUGAUUUUUUGCAUUACUCUACCAAAGAGACAUCUAGAACUAAAUGGGAUCUGAAAGUGUUCAUUUAGAAAUAAUCCCUUUUAAAACCAGAGGAUUAUUCUCCUAAUCCUGGAAGAAACUAUUAUUAAAGGCUCUGACCUGAAAACUAAGUGGCCAGUGGCUCUGAGGAUCCUUCCCGAAUUUCUAGCCAGCGUUUUCCAUCAGUCAAAUUUCGCCAUUCACUGUUUUGCUGGUAGCUUUUUAAAAUCAUGUCAUGGCCCAUCAGGGUGGAGAACUAAAAAACCAUUUGUACAUGUUGCAGAUAUCAAAUCCAGAGUUGAAAUAUUCUGAUUUUCCACCAGGUGAAUAAAUUUCACUGAGUUUCAAAGUAAGCAAACAGUAUACCGUGACUCUACUCUUUAUAAGUGGUUCCACCUAACUAAUUUAAAAUGCUACUGCUUCAGGAGUACUAAUUUGUUUCUCAGCAUACGCGCAUCGUGUUUUCUUUGUGUCUGUUCCUAGUAACUCAGGUAAGAGGGGUUUACAAUAAUGCAAAACUGAAAUGAGGUGAACUAUCCUUUCUUUAGCUUAUCCAUCUCUUGAAAAUACUUGUUGAAAAGAAAUCACAGAAAUGGUUGUCUUUGUGAUUAAUCUGGAGUUGUUCCUUGAAAGAGGGGUUUUUUUUUAAUAGGUAAGAUUGGAAUGAGCUGUCAUGGUUUCUGUGAUCAGCGAGUUGAGUAGUUACGUGGAAUAUCUUCUUUACGUGGAGAUAUUCUUUGGAAUAUCCCGUAUCAUCAGCCGCCAGAACCUUUAGGCGAACUCUGAGUCCACCAAGUCAUUCCCAAAGAGUCGUAGUUUGCUUUCAUUAUCCCGUUCUGGAGUGGUUGCGCGUCUGCCAACUCUGUUGUAUUGUACUCUUCCAAGCACCUAGUCCAGUGCUCUGCACGCAGCGAGUGCUCAAUAAACACCAUUGAUUAUUAUGGAUUGAAACAGAAAUGUCACAGACCAAGAAAAUCUCCAAGCAGCCGCUGUGUUUCCUUAUCACAGACUUCAGGGAAAAGAUGUGAGCGUUUCGUUUAGUGUUCACUGGGGACCUCAUGAAGACAAUAGAUUUGCUUACUAGGGUAGUGGGCACCCGGUGGUGUUCUGGACCCCUUGCAAUAAUACCCACCUAUUUGUCAAUGAAUCUUUUUGGUUCUCAUCGGAAAUCCUGGAUUUAAGUUCCAUUCGAUCGGCUAAAUAAAAGAAUCUUUGACGGCGGAGACCUUAUUUUUGUACUUCUGUCUCCCGUGCGACUUCGGCUCCUCUGAGCUCAAAUUUCUGAAGGGUUUUUAUCCAAAUUGGGCACCGUCCGUGUUGCUGAAGAGAAGAGAUAAACAGGCGAGUAACCCACCCGCCGAGAACAAGCGUAUGUGGUGAAAGGCUGUCGAUUUGCGUAAAAUCACCCUCCCGUUUCACCGGCCGGUCCCUGCAUGUCGGUAUAGAUCCCUCAGGCAUUCAGGAUAUAGUCUUGGUGGAAGAAUUAAAAACAGUGGGUAUAUAGGAAAUGUGAUCUCUGCUGUGUGAUGUCCGUCGACUAGAGAUCAGUGAAAACCUUUAUCCUUUCAGAGCUGCAGGUGACACACACGUUGAAGAUCAUGUUAUCGGUGCAUGUAUGCCACUAUCUUAUUAAACUGGUUAAUGCCGUUAAUUGUCGUUGAAAUGUGAUAUGUAGUUACUGUUGCCCUUGUAAAUAUCUGCCAGAGAUGAAAAGAUAUUUUGUCAUUGUAAAUAAAGAUGUACAAAAUUCAGUAAAUAUACUGCAAUGCAGAAAAGAUGAUUUAAGAUGUUAAAUAAAUAUCGUGCUGUUUCUGGACGGA